GCGCAUGCGCAGUGCGAGAGAGGCCCGACAGCGGCGACAUGCAGAAGUACGAGAAGCUGGAAAAGAUAGGAGAGGGUACUUAUGGCACCGUGUUCAAAGCAAAGAACCGUGAGACCCAUGAGAUUGUGGCUCUGAAGCGCGUGAGGCUGGAUGACGAUGAUGAGGGGGUCCCCAGCUCCGCUCUCCGGGAGAUCUGCUUACUGAAGGAGCUGAAGCACAAGAACAUAGUAAGGUUACACGACGUCCUGCACAGUGACAAGAAGCUGACGCUGGUCUUUGAGUAUUGUGAUCAGGAUCUGAAGAAAUACUUCGACAGCUGUAAUGGCGACUUGGACCCAGAAAUCGUAAAAUCCUUCAUGUAUCAGCUGCUGAAAGGUCUGGCGUUCUGCCACAGUCGUAACGUUCUGCACCGAGACCUCAAGCCCCAAAACCUGCUCAUCAACCGGGUAAGAAUACGGGACGGGAAUGAGACUUAA